UGACAGCUGAUCGGACACAUAACCUCGAAAUCGAGAUGUCAUUACAGAAUUAAUCAAAACAAUUUUCCAAAAAAUAGAGAACAAAUUACCAGUAUGGCUGCUGUAUCUGGAAAACAAGACAUGCCCCCAGUGGGAGGCUACAAAGCAAUUCCCUAUAAAAAAAUUCCUGCUAGGCAAUAUUUUUCAGGAACUACCUUAAUUGCUGGUUAUCUCGGUAUAACUGCAGGUGCAGCAUAUCUCUAUUACCUCAACCGAGUUCAAGUUCACAGAGAGGAUCUUGAACGUAGGUCAGGCAGACUUGCAAUACAUCCAUUGUUAUUGGCUGAAAGGGAUCGUAAUUACCUUAAACAACUUCGUCGCAAUAGAGAUGCUGAAAGGGAGCUUAUGAAGGACGUUGAAGGAUGGAAAGUAGGAACAUAUUACGGAGAACCUAUUUAUGAAAGCAAACCUGAUGCUUUUGUUGAACCAUCCUAUCCUGAAUUUUAUGUACAUACAGAUAUUUGGGCUCAAUUGAAGAGAACAUACUUCAUUUUCUUCUCGUAAGGUGUACACUUAUGCGGGAUGUAGUAUUAUAAGUUGAUUAUAUUGAAUAAAAUAUUUACUGAA